GUCGCGGGAACGACGAGAGACGUUCUCGCGCCUGAGGCCGCCGGUAGGCGCGGAGCGCAGGCGGCGCGCGCACCCGGGUCCUGCCCGGGCCCAGCGCUGGGGGGCGGGCCUGCGCCCCAGCGAGCGCGAGAGCUCCGGCGGCCGGGCGCACGGCGCGAGCGGCGGCGGCGGCGCUGUGGCUCGCUGGGAGCCGGGCACCUGGAGAAACAAAGGCUGGUGAGUCUUCUGAGCAACCUGGGAGCCGGCAAAGGGAAAGCGAAAGCCGCAAGCGCGGCAGGUGACGGGGAAGGAGGCGCGCAGCGCUCCCAGUCCUCCAGACGUCGGCGGUACCCGGGCCUGCACUCCAGCGCCAGUGGGGCCGAACCCGCGCGCCGCAGCCAUGGCUAUCGCCCACCUGGCCACCGAGUACGUGUUCUCGGACUUCUUGCUGAAGGAGCCCUCGGAGCCCAAGUUCAAGGGGCUGCGGCUGGAGCUGGCAGUGGAUAAAAUGGUCACAUGCAUCGCGGUGGGGCUGCCCCUGCUGCUCAUUUCGCUGGCCUUCGCGCAGGAAAUCUCGAUCGGUACCCAGAUAAGCUGUUUCUCCCCAAGUUCCUUCUCCUGGCGUCAGGCUGCCUUCGUGGAUUCUUACUGUUGGGCUGCAGUUCAGCAGAAGGACUCCUUGCAGGGCGAUUCCGGACACCUUCCACUGUGGCUGCAUAAGUUUUUCCCCUACAUCCUGCUCCUCGUCGCCAUCCUCCUGUACCUGCCUUCCCUGUUCUGGCGUUUCGCGGCGGCUCCGCAUCUGUGCUCAGAUUUGAAGUUUAUCAUGGAAGAACUUGACAAAGUUUACAACCGCUCCAUUAAAGCCGCAAAGAGCGUGUGUGAUCAGGACGUGAGGGACGGCGUCGGCCCAGUUCCGGGUGUGAAUGAGAACACAGGGCAAAGUUUGUGGGAGAUAUCUGAAAGCCACUUCAAGUACCCAAUUGUGGAGCAGUACUUGAAGACCAAGAAACACUGUAAUAAUUUAAUCAUCAAGUACAUCAGCUGCCGCUUGCUGACCCUCAGCAUAAUACUGUUAGCGUGCAUCUACCUGGGCUAUUACUUCAGCCUCUCCUCCCUCACCGACGAGUUUGUCUGCAGCAUCAAGUCAGGGAUCCUGAGAAAUGACACCACCGUCCCCGACCGGUUUCAGUGCAAGCUCAUCGCCGUCGGCAUCUUCCAGCUGCUCAGUUUUAUCAACCUCAUGGUUUACGUGCUGUUGGCUCCCGUGGUUGUCUACACGCUCUUUGUUCCGUUCCGACAGAAGACGGACAUUCUCAAUGUGUAUGAAAUCCUGCCCACUUUUGAAGUCCUGCGCUUCAAGUCUGAAGGGUAUAACGACCUGAGUCUCUACAAUCUUUUCCUGGAGGAGAACAUAAGUGAGCUCAAGUCCUACAAGUGUCUGAAGGUGCUGGAGAACAUCAAAAGCAGCAGCCAGGGUGUCGACCCAAUGCUUCUCCUGACGAACCUUGGCCUGAUCAAGAUGGAUGUUGUCGAUGGCAGAAGACCUGAGCCUGUGGAGAUGAUGGCAGAGGAGCAGGACUCGAUAGCAGAGCUCAAAGAUUUGAAUGCGCCCAGUGAAAUUAAAGUAAGUAAUGGAGGGAAGAAUGCUCGGCAGAGACUUCUGGAUUCUUCUUGCUGAUGGGUUUUUUUUUUUUCCCCUUGAACCGGAGAUCUGUGACUUCUGUGAGGUGGGAUGUAUAAUGGCCGAAGCACUCAGUCAGGUUCCCAGCUGGUGUGCAGCCAGCGGUUCUUGGUAGAGACACUGAGUGCAUCCUAUCAAGUCCCUGAUGAAAAUGACGGUCAACGGGAUGUUGCGGAAGAGAAGCACCGUGGAUCAGUGAACCGCGGAGAGUGCCGAUGUGUUAAGUCCUCAUCAAGUGGAAAGUGGAAAGGCUUAUCAGAGAGUCAUAGCCCUUGUAGCUUCAGAGAAGCUCCCUUCUGUGCAGAUGGUGCGAUGAGGCUCCGAGCUAUUAGCAAGGACUUCAGGAAGAGAUCUAU